CGCCCGCCGCCGCCUCCUCCUCCCGUGUCUGCUCCGCGUCCCCCGCCGGGCCGGCCGUUCCCCUCCCCGGCUGGUCCAUGAGCAGCGAGCGAGCGAACAGCGGCUGAAGGCACCAUGUCCUAUGUCCCCUUCCGAGAUGUGCGAGGAGCCCCCCCUAUGCACCGUGUCCAGUACAUGCACUCCCCUUAUGACCGCCCCUGGAACCCCCGAUUCUGUAUCAUCUCCGGGAACCAGCUGCUGAUGCUGGAUGAAGAAGAGAUUCACCCCCUGCUCCUUCGAGAACGCCAACGGGAUCCUGGUCGGAACAAGCUUUUGCGGCGAACUGUCAGCGUCCCUGUGGAAGGGCGGCCCCACCCAGAGCACGAGUACCACGCAAGCCGUUCCCGGCGGAAGAGCGUCCCUGGAGGGAAGCAGUACAGCAUCAACAUGGACGCCCCGCCUGUCCCGCCCUUCCGGUCCUCGCAACAGGGAUUCCUCAGCCGCCGCCUGAAGAGCUCCAUCAAGCGGACUAAGAGCCAGCCCAAGCUGGACCGCACCAGCAGCUUCCGCCAGAUGCUGCCCCGCUUCCGGAGCGCUGAUCACGACAGGGCUCGCCUCAUGCAGAGCUUCAAGGAGUCACAUUCGCACGAGUCCCUCCUCAGUCCCAGCAGCGCUGCGGAAGCACUGGAGCUCAACCUGGACGAGGACUCCAUCAUCAAGCCGGUCCACAGCAGCAUCUUGGGCCAGGAGUUCUGCUUCGAGGUCACCACAUCUUCAGGCACCAAAUGCUUUGCCUGCCGUUCAGCUGCUGAGCGGGACAAGUGGAUCGAGAACCUGCAGCGGGCAGUCAAGCCCAACAAGGAUAACAGCCGCCGUGUGGACAACGUGCUGAAGUUGUGGAUCAUUGAGGCACGGGACUUGCCCCCCAAGAAGCGUUACUACUGCGAACUGUGCCUGGAUGACAUGCUCUAUGCGCGCACCACCAGCAAGGUGCGCACGGACAAUGUCUUCUGGGGGGAGCACUUUGAGUUCAACAACCUGCCGGCCGUGCGCACCAUCCGGCUGCACCUCUACAAGGACACAGACAAGAAGCGCAAGAAGGAUAAGAGCAACUACGUGGGCAUGGUCAGCAUCCCCAUCGCCAGCGUGACCGGGCGCCACUUUGCUGAGCAGUGGUACCCACUGAGCCAGCCCAGCGCCAGCAAGAGCAAGUCCGGCUGCCCGGCGAUCCGCGUGAAGAGCCGCUUCCAGACCAUGAGCAUUCUCCCCAUGGAGCUCUACAAGGAGUUUGCAGAGUACGUCACAAACAACUACCGCAUGCUCUGCGCCGUCCUGGAGCCCGUCCUCAGCGUCAAGAGCAAGGAGGAGGUGGCCUGCGCCCUUGUCCACAUCUUGCAGAGCACGGGCAAGGCCAAGGACUUCCUGUCUGACAUGGCCAUGACAGAAGUGGACCGCUUCAUGGACCGGGAGCACCUGAUCUUCCGGGAGAACACGCUGGCCACCAAAGCCAUAGAGGAGUAUCUCAAGCUGAUUGGACAAAAAUACCUCAAGGAUGCUAUUGGUGAGUUCAUCCGGGCCUUGUACGAAUCAGAGGAGAACUGUGAGGUGGACCCCAUGAAGUGCUCAGCGUCCACCUUGGCAGAUCACCAGGCCAACCUCCGCAUGUGCUGUGAACUGGCACUUUGCAAAGUCGUCAACUCUCAUUGUGUGUUCCCACGGGAGCUGAAGGAGGUCUUUGCGUCGUGGAGGCUGCGUUGUGCUGAGCGGGGAAGGGAGGACAUUGCCGACCGCCUGAUCAGCGCCUCCCUCUUCUUGCGCUUCCUUUGCCCGGCCGUCAUGUCGCCUAGCCUCUUUGGGCUCAUGCAGGAAUACCCCGAUGAGCAGACCUCGCGCACCCUCACCCUCAUUGCCAAGGUCAUCCAGAACCUGGCCAACUUCACCAAGUUCGGCAGCAAGGAAGAGUACAUGGCCUUCAUGAACGAGUUCCUCGAGCUGGAGUGGGCUAGCAUGCAGCAGUUCCUGUACGAGAUUUCCAACCUGGACACCCUCACCAACAGCAGCAGCUUCGAGGGCUACAUUGACUUGGGCCGCGAACUCUCCACCCUGCAUGCCCUGCUCUGGGAGGUCAUGCCCCAGCUUAGCAAGGAAGCCCUCAUCAAGCUGGGCCCCCUGCCCCGCCUCCUCAACGACAUCAGCCUCGCUCUCAGGAACCCCCACAUCCAGCGCCAGCCCAGCCACCAGGGCGAGCGACUCCAGCCCAAGCCGGUCGUCCUCCGGGGACCCUCCGCCGACAUGCAGUCCACCUACAUGAUGCGCGACCUCAACAGCUCUGUCGACAUGCAGCCUUACAUGAUGCGAGGCAUGAACAGCUCCAUGGAUAUGACCCGUCUGCCAUCGCCCACCAAGGAGAAGGGGUCUAAGGACAUGUUCUUUGUGACGCGGCCCCCGCUGGCCCGCUCCUCCCCUGCCUAUUGCACCAGCAGCUCUGACAUCACGGAGCCUGACCAGAAGGUGCUGAGUGUCAACAAGAGCGUCUCGAUGCUGGACCUGCAGGACAGCCGCAUGAACAGCAUCUCCAACCUGCACAGCGUGGGCGACAUGCUCAACAGCAGCCAAGCCUCCAUCACGGCCGGCCUGGGGCUGCGUCCCAGCCGCCUCUCCCAGGGCAGCGGCUCCAGCAUUGCGGCUGGCCUGCGGCUCAGCCAGAUGGGGGUCACCACCGACGGGGGCGGCGCCUCCUCCGCCCAGCAGCUCAGGAUCCCCCUCUCCUUCCAGAACCCUCUCUUCCACAUGGCCUCCGACGGGCCAGCGGGGGGCGCUCUGCACUCUCACCCGCACCGGCUGGCCGAGGGCAACCCGGACGCCUUUGCCCCCUUCCAUGGCUACAGCAAGAGCGAAGACCUCUCAGCCAGCAAGCACAUCAUCCACAGCCACAGCUACAGCGAUGAGUUCACGCGCCAGGGCUCCGAGUUCACCAAACGGCAGCUCUCCCUGCAGGAGAACCUGCAGAACAUGCUUUCGCCCCCCCAGAUCACCAUUGGGCCCCAGCCCCAGCGCACGGCCCCCCCGCCCCAGUCCCAGUCCCAGCUGCAGCGGGGGAAGUCCCAGCAGCUCACAGUCUCGGCAGCCCAGAAGCCUCGGCCGUCCAGCGGGAACCUCCUGCAGCCAGAGCCCACCUAUGGGCCAACACGCACACGCCAGCAGUCCGUCACGAAGGAGGCCCCCUCCGCCCUCAAGCCAUCCAUUGCGAAGCAGCCAUCGCACACGCCUUCCACACUGAACCCCGUCAUGCCGGCCUCCGAGCGGACAGUCGCCUGGGUCUCCAACAUGCCGCACCUCUCCGCUGACAUUGAGAGCUCACAUAUUGAGCGGGAAGAGUACAAGCUGAAGGAAUACUCGAAGUCCAUGGACGAGAGUCGGCUGGACCGGGUGAAGGAGUAUGAGGAGGAGAUCCACUCCCUGAAGGAGCGCUUGCACAUGUCCAACCGGAAGCUGGAGGAGUAUGAGCGGCGGCUGCUGACCCAGGAGGAGCAGACCAGCAAAAUCCUGCAGCAGUACCAGCAGCGGCUGGAGCAGAGCGAGAAGCGGCUCCGGCAACAGCAGGUGGAGAAGGACUCCCAGAUCAAGAGCAUCAUCGGCAGCCUGUCCCUGCAGGUUGAUGCUGGUGGAGGAGGAGCUGCGCAGGGAUCACUCGGCCGCCCUCGACGCCUCCGAAACGCGGAAGCGGCUGCUCGACGCUCAGCUGUUCACCAGGUAACUCUGCAUGCCUCAGCCUUUCACACAUGGAGGGACCCUCGCCACUCAGUAGCAGACCAGGAGAGGCAGCUUUCCGCCAUGGGUGCAGCAAACCCGCGUCUGAGCGUCGCUAUGGGCCAGCCCUGGAACGGGAUCCUAUCAGGGCAACCGCUUCCGCCCCCGCGACUCCAGAUCACGGAAAAUGGAGAGUUUCGCAACACCGCGUCUGAGCACUAGCGACUGCCCCCCGCCUCACCCCACCUCCCCAGCCAGCGUGCACCAGCAGCAGCAGGGUGGGGUGGGUGAGGUGGGGGGCCGGUCCAGAACCACGCAGGGGCCGGGGAAGGGUCCAGGACCAUUUUCAGGGUGUUUUAUAGCAGGACACAGACGACAAUCUUAACCCUCCUCUCACAUUGUUGCCCACGGAGCACCUUCCUCUGCAUUCCCAAGCAGAGUCAGGGGUCUCCCCCUCCCCCUCUCCCCCAGGUAUUUCUCAGGAGUGGCAUCCCCUGCCUUCCCCCUCCCUCCCCCUCCCCCAAUGGCAGCAAUGACCUUUCUCCUUAAGGCAGCAGCAGGAUGAAGGGGGGGAUCCUCUCUCUUCUAUCUGCCUCACACUCCCUCUUUGAUAUUGGGGAGGGAGGGAGGUUUGCCUGCAGGGGGUAGGCUGGUCCCAAUUCCCUUGCCAUGCACUCGCCUCAGCCAGCUGCCAUGAAGGGUUGGGGUUCCCCCCCACAGACGCUGACCUAUUGCUCAUUCUCUUUUCCGGGGGGGGGAGCAUGGGAGAAAGGCUAGAUGGGAAGGGAAUGACCCCCCCCCCAAGCUCAGCACUGCCCAGGCUGGGCAAGGGUUAGGGUGGGCCUCCCCCUCUUCCCUUUCUGAAGGGGAGGGGCUACAUCCGCUUGCCAUCAUCCCCCCAUCCUUUGACAAAGGGCUUUGCCUGCUCUGUACAGUGACCCCCCCCACCCUCUUUGUUUCUGGAUAUUACUCUGGAUUCUUAAUUCUAUAUAUAUACAUAGUUCUAUUUUCCUCCGUGUAGGGGGGGCAGAGCAGGGCAGGGGGGUUAACUUUUGUUCUUUCGUUUCCUUCCUGUUCUCAAGCUGCCCCCAGCCUCCCCCCUCAAAUUUCUGGGGGAAAGACCAUUGGGGAGGGCUUGUUAAACUAUCUCAAAGAAGCCAUUUUAGAACUGCCCAGCCGGCCGCAGGGCGCUCAGGGCAGGGGGCAGGGAUCCUGCCCCACACGCCUGCUGGAGAGAAGUGAAGGGAAAGGGGGCUGACCCCCCACACUCGUGUGGUGCUCGCUCGCUCGCUCACUGUCCGCCCGUCUGUCCGUCCGUCAGUCAGUCGUGCUUUGGGUCCUGAGCUGCUGCUGGGUGAAAACAGUGUUCGGCAGAGUUAGUGGUGGUUGUCGUGGCUGUUUCUUUCCGUUCUUGCGAUUUCUUCUCUUCCUGCUGCAUCUUUCCCGCCCCUUCUCUCUCUCCUCCCUGCUUUUACCCCUUGCCAUUUUUGCCCUCUCUAACCCCCAUAUUUAUUUUGUAAGGACUCUCCUACCCCGUUCACGUUCUUUUUCUCUCCUCCCCCCGGACAAUGACGGUGGCUCAGGUGGGCACCGUAGAUAUUUAUACGUAUUAUGAUGAUGAUGAUGAAUUAUAAUUAUUAUUAUUAUAUAAAAGUUUGUACAUAUGUGAAAUCCCCCUCCCCCCAAUGCCUCCUGCCCAGCCUGCUCCCCAUGGACUGCCCCAGGGAUUUGUACUGUACAUAAGAAGAGCUUUUUUCUCUCUCUCUCUGUCUCUCAACCUCAAGCCCCUGUACAUAUUCCCUACCUUGGAAGGGAGUUCAGGUCAUAGGGGGGCUGUUGUUCCCUGGUGUCCGCUUGGCCUCCCCAGGCAAUUCUCUCUCCCUCUCAAGCUCUCGAGUUUAUUUUAUGUCAAAUUUAUUAUAAUUUUUUUUUCUGGAGUUUGUGGUGAAAACAGAAGAAGAUGUUUAAUAAAAAGCAAUUGGUCUUUUA